GGGUAGACAGCAUAUAAAUUUUAUUUGUAAUAAUCAUGGAAGUAAAAGAAAGAAAAAAAUAUAACAAAUAUCAGUCCUAGGGCUGAAAAGAUCUGUUUCCGAAUAUUUCAGAUAGCAUAUGUGUUUGUUUUUUCUAAAGUAUUUGUUUAUGCAUCUCAUGUAAUAAUGGACGGCAUCACAGAAACCCUGAGCUUGGUAUUUUCUGAUAACCUGUGAUUGGGAAAAAAGGAUUAGUAUAAAAGUGCCAAAGGUGUUGAUCCAACUGAGUGAUACUUCAGUUGCUACAAGUUUACAUUCAUAGGCAAAAUAAGAGGCAGUUCUGAUGUCCUGACAGUUUCCUAAUACAGGUUAAGGGGGAUUUUGCUAGCUGAAGCAAAAAAAAAAAAAAAAGUGUUUGAUUAUUAGUGAAAAUUAGUGUAGAAAAGUUCUAUCAAAAAUAAUUCUGUUGCGAUCUAUGUGUGUUUUCAUGAUAUGAACAGCGAUAUUUGAGAUCUGUGGCUUGAAUUUCUCGGGUGCUUCAGUUCUGAUCUUCUGUUCGUAUGAUCCUGAAGUGGUCCUGUAAUCACAGGGCGCUCCUUUUUUGCACCAAUGCUUCCAUUAUUGCUGUCCUUGGCAUAGUUUCACAGCUGACGAAUUAUCAGUCUGAAUUUGUUUAUUACAGACAAAGGCCUUAGAAGUUUGCUAUGCCCUACAUACAGACCAGUGUCUGGACUGCUGGUCUGAAACUAAUUUCAUUUAAAUUGAUGUAAAUAAGGAGUACGUGUUUGAGCUGAGAUAUUUUUGUUUGGUUUUUAUUUUUCAAAACUAAGUCAACCAGACCUCUUGGACUUAUUCUGAAAAAGGAGGGAAUGGGGGAGAGGUAGCCCCUACCCAGAGCUACUGUUCUGCCUGUAAGAGCAUCUGAAAUCACUAGCUUUAGGCUGACUUACUCUGAAGCUUUUAACUGAAACUAAAUGAGUGGGUUGUGGGUUCCCCCCCAAAAGCAAGGAGCUUUAGCCUUUCACUUGACUAUUUGUUAUAGCUUAUUAAGCUUUCCUGUCUUGCAUGUCUGUCUGACAGAGUUCUCUGCCUUUUAGUUGAACUGCUCCAAUCCAAACAACUGCACGUCUUUUUUUGAAAUUUCCCUAUUUUCUAUCCACUCAUUACUUUAUCGUUUGGAUUCAUUCACAAAUUCUAGAGUCAUGUUUUAAUUUCUGUCAGUGAGUGUUUUGAAUUCUCAGGUCGUGCUUUACAGCCUGCUUUGUGGUGAGUGCUUUCUGUUGAUUUGUGAAUAAUUCAGGGGAAAAAGAACAAAGCUAGUCUUAUAGAAAUAUGGGAGAGGAAGAAAGAAAAAGGUUUACUGGAAAAGGAAUUAUUUGGGCUGCAGUUUCAGUGAGCUGUUCCAGUGACAGAGCAUAUUAAUGACAGUGGUAAGCAAGUGAGGUCACUGUGAUGUCAGUGCUAUUGCUUGUAAUCCUGCACAUGCUUGCUAGUUUGGAACAGUUCACGCCGAGCUCUGGUAGAGGAACAGGAGAAUCGGGUGUGCAGAAGCUGAUCAUGGCUGUAACAGGAGAUGAAACAGCUGCCACUGGAGACAUGCCAGCUUACCAGAUUCGAACUCCCACUACUACCUUACCUCAGGGAGUGGUAAUGGCAGCCUCGCCAGGGACUUUGCAUAGCUCUCAGCAGCUGGCAGAAGAGGCAACACGCAAGAGAGAGCUGAGACUUCUGAAAAAUAGGGAAGCUGCUAAAGAAUGUCGACGUCGGAAGAAAGAAUACAUAAAAUGUCUGGAGAGUCGUGUUGCAGUGCUAGAAGUUCAGAACAAGAAACUUAUAGAGGAGCUUGAAACCCUAAAAGACAUUUGCUCUUCCAAAACAGAUUAGUAAAAAUAUUUAUUAUACUGUGAACUGACUAAAAUAUGUCCAGUUGCUUUAUAAGGCAAUACAUAGCCAACAUGAAUUACGGCUUUCUCUUUGUGUCAUUUAUAUUAUAUUCCAACUCCUAACAUUCCUGAAGUGCUUUCCUGCUUUUUCUCAAUUUAUAGCUCUAAUUCCAGGUUUUUCAUGCUCCUCUUUUCCAUCUCCCAAGGAGCCAAGUGUUUAAAAAAGUAACAAAGUAAAAAAGUGCAUAAUUUCUAAGAGCUGUUUAUUUGCCAUAUAUUUACAUACUACUUUUUACAUGUUACUGAGUGUCCUGCACAUAUAAAAUAUUUUACAGUUGUUUUAGAUGAAUCAUAAAGAUAACGCAUCCAGUAAUACAAGAAAUCAAACAACCCAAGGUAUCUCAGGAAAGAGUUUAUAAAAGAAUGUUAUGAUUACAUAUAUGUACUAGCAUACUAGUCUACAGAUGAUUUUAUGGCAUAUUUUUAUAUUAGUUGCUUUGUGGAAAAAAGUAUUGUAUUGCUGUCACUGAGUGCCAUGGUUAAAGAUAGUUUUUAAUAGAACCAUGUUGUUUAA